AUGGACACUUCCUGGAUAUCGAGCGCUACAAGCGGCAUGUUAAACUACGUUUACAACUCAAUUACAGGAGACGAUGAGAGUGCGGCGACGCAUCGUACCCGGAAUGCGACAAUUUGUAAAGGAAUGGUGGUCACUGAUCUUCCAACAAACAACUACGAGCCACUUGAGGUAUCCCAUGCCCGAGCCAUGGCUAAAAAGGUGCGUGUUGCCCCCCCUCCCUCCUCUAGUUUUUGUUUCUUCCUUUCUUUCUUAUUAAAUUUUAGUAAUCAGUGAUCAGUGUUAACGCUAAUCUAGCGGUAGUAAUUAUUUGACACUGAAGAUGGAACUACUGCUUGCAAGAAAAAGGAACUCCCGCGAAAAUGCGCGCAACCUACAUAAAAAAAAAGAAAUUACUUUUUUCUGUUUAUCAACAAAUUAUACCAUGGUUACACUUAGGUGACAAAAAUUUUGUUCUUUCAGUCUUAACUUAACAGCAACGCAGGACUUUCUUUUCAUGGUCAUAAGAACUAUUUUAAUCUUACUGGAAGUGAAUUUAUGUUGUUUAACUAUAAAAAAAAAAAGAAGCGCGUGCGAACAAUUUUUUUAAUUAUGACGCAAAUGACAUGGAAUCAGUUCUAAAUCUUGCGUCAUAAAAGAAGGCGCGUGACCGGCGCGAGCAGUAUUAGACCAUGCAAAGAAAAAUAAUCGUUUGUAAAGGAAUUUAAACUCUACUACAUUAGAAAAUUUAGUCUUUCCUCUAGGCGAGCCAAAUCACGUUGAACAAAGUAUUGCUAUGCUUCCCAGUCUUUCUCCUCACUUUGUUUCUUUAAUUUAUACAUGUCUCUUCCUUUGUCUCAUUAAACAAUUCCUUUUUCUUUUUUUUUUCAGUAUAACCGAGAAAAAGAACUAGAAGAAAAAAUCGCAGUUCUUAAGGCACAGUGCAACGGUGAGUUCUGAAAAGAUUUCCUAUCACAUUGAGUUGUUGUGGGAAUAAAACACUGCACUGCCAAUUUUACUGUUUUGUGGCGAAAGUAAAAGAUUCUUCAAUGUUAACUGCCUCGUAGGUAAAACCAAAUGUUUAAAUAUAUUUAUGGAGCAGAGACUGUGGCUGACGGAAAAUUUCGUUAAGCUAAAACUGAAAAUCUUUUUUUCCUAGUUUUACUCCAGUUGAAAAAAGUAAACAUAAUUCAUAUUUCAAAUGAACGUUAGUUUAGUUCAGUUUUCGAAUAAUUUUUUGAUUUACUUGUUCAGCACUGAAAAAGAAAUUGAUGGAGGCGUUUAGUUCAGUAAAGAAGAGAUAUAAUAUUGAUUGACCCUUUUUGGUCACUACAGAAAUUUAAGCCAAAUGUGGAGUUAUAAGCACUUCAUAAAUAUCAAGCAACAAAAUUCACUUUUUACAAAGUAAGUUUAGUGGCCAAACCUGUAUAGUAGAUAUGCCGUUUGUCCUAUGCAAGGGAAUCCAAGAGCGGCCUGGAUUCUGGAUUCCACGCCGUGGAUUCCAGGUACUGGAUUCCAGUCUUUGUCAAUAGAAUUUGAAUUCUGGAUUUCCCAAUCGUUAGUGGGAUUCCGAACUCCUUGAGUUGUAUUCCGGAUUCGACAAUUUUUUGUCCCGGAUUCGGGACUGUAGUUCCAGAAGCAAAAAUUUCCUGAAUCCGGAUUCUCUAACAUGGGACGAGGAAAAGAUAAAGAUACACUUUUAAAUGUUUCUUCUUGAGAACGACAAUAAAUUAACUUUCUACUGCACCGGCGAAUACUGCACAUGUUUUAUUAAAUAAUUAUUCCUUUCCAUAAAGCACUAUCAGAGACCAAACACACACACAAAAUAUUUAUCUUUUCUAUCGAAUCGUGCUUUCAAGUAUUGAAUACUCCAAUAAAGACCAUUUAGAUUAUUGACUCCAGCUGAUGAACUGUGUUAACUUUCAGUUACAUAUCGUAUCACUAGUACUUGAAUUGGAAAAUACUAUGUUCUUGUUUUGUUUUUCGAACUCAGCCAAGAGCAAUGAAAACGCCCGUCUUCAAGACAAGGUAGCUGAGGGCAUGAAAAAGGAAGAUGAUUUAACGAGGAAACUUGAAGAGAAGGAGAAACUCAUUAAGAGGGCAAAGAAGUGUAUUUUUGUGACCAAAGAAAAAUUGAACAAAAAAGAAGAAGAACUGCAAGAACUCAACAAGGAGCUGUUAUCAGUUAAAGGUAAUGAUGAGGAAGUCUUCUCUGUUAGGUAUUGAUUUCAAUAUGUAAUACGGACAAGACUCUCCUUCGAUGAAAAAAUAAAGUCAUUAAACAAAAUGACUAAAGUGGUCUUAAUUCUCAAACUUGUUCGACUGAUACGAAUUUCUGUUUGUAGACUCCCUUACAAACCAAAGCAAAGCAAACGAAUCACUCGCCAGCCAAAUAAAAGACCUGAAAUCGGUGUUGGUUAGAAGAGAGGAAAACCAUAAAAAGCAACAGCUGUUAAUCAGAUCGUUAGCUGAGGAUGCUAAAAGCAAGUUGGAAACCGCAAACUUCUACAGAUCAACGAUGAACAAUGAGCUUAACCUAAGCAAAGGUGAUAUGUAGUGUCAGGUUAUAGUUCAUUUGAAAUGAGUGAAGGCAUUGCGCCCUAUAAUUACCGUUAGUGUCAGUUUAUGCACCGUAAUUUUUAGGGAGUUAUUAUAACCCCAAACAGAGAGUAAAAAUUUUAGGUACAGGAUAACCCCUUUUUGGGGGUUAUUUUAACUCCUAAUUUAACUCCGAAUUUGGGGUCAUUUUUAUCCUGAAAAAGAGUUCUUUUUACUCUUAGUCUGGAGUUAAAAUGACUCCGAAAUGGGGUUACUUUCACUCCUUACAUGGGUUGUUUUUACUCUUUUUGGAGUUAAUUUAACUCUGAAAGUGGACUAAAAAUUUUAGGUACAGGAUAACUCCUUUUUGGGGGUUAUUUUAACUCCUCAAUAUCUGGGGUCACUUUUACUCCUGAAAAAGAGUUCUUUAAACUCCUUCUUGGAGCUAAAACAUAACUCCCCAAAACAUAACUCCACCGUAAGGAGUUAAAUUAGCCCCACUAGAGGAGUUAUCAUAACCCCUUGAAAAUUACUGUGUGGUUCAUUUGAAAUGAGUGAAGGCAUUGCGCGUUCUAUAAUUUCCUGUAGUGUCAGUUUAUAGUUUAUUUGAAAUGAGUGAAGGCGUUGCGCGCUCAUUAUACCUUUAGUGUUAGUUUAUGGUUCAUUUGAAAUGAAUAAAGGCGUUGCGCGCUCUAUAAUUACCUUUAGUGUCAGCUUAUAGUUCAUUUCAAAUAAGUGAAGGCAUUUUGCGCUCUUUUUCUUUUGAAAAAGCAAACACAUUUAAUGCUUAAAUCAGAAAAUGGUGACUAUUUUAAACUCAUCUUUAGUUCAACUCAGAUAAUUUGAUCCUUUGAUUUUUUUGAUCUUGUGAGCAGCUUAAUGUAUUUUUUUAAAUACGUUUCUGAAGAGGAUAUUAAAAGUACUAGCCAUUUUUGGAGGUCAAUUGAAACGGUGUUUUACGUAUUUUAGGCUGGAAAACAUGAAUGGAUCAAUAAAAGGGUUGCAAGUUGAUUUUUUUUUCAAGUUGUUGUUUAUUACUGUCCGAAAAGAAAGCAUCUCUUAGAUAGAAAACGAAAGAGAAGUGAAAGAUGUUUUUGUUAUUGCUGGACAUGUGACACAAAACUCGUCGUGAAAACGUUUUUAUAAAGUAAAUAAAAACAAGAAAACGCUGUGGUUAUUUUCCGGCAUUAAUAGCUAAGUUCGUGUUUAAUUCUACUUUAGGUCGUGAACGAGAUCUUAAAGAAGAGAAAGCAUCAUUAAAGAAGCAUGUCGAAGUCCUAGAAAGGGCGCUUGAGGAGAAAACAAAACAAGGUAUUUAGCUAAACAUCAGAUUUUGGUUCUCUUGUGUAGCUGACUUUUGAGUCAUAAAAAAAACGAAUUAGAGUCUGUUAGAGUCGUAGAUCCUCAAGUACAGGUUACCUUUAUAAAGGUGAUUUUUAUCGACGUAUACGUUCAAAAAAGAAACUUAAUAACGAUUGCUACGUAGCUAAUCUUGACACACAUCAUAAAAGCCAAAACGCAACCUCAGGCUUUCAAAGGAGGAACUGUUCCUACAAAGAUAUUUCACUGGAUAGAAUAGAGAUAAAAGGAGCCCACUGACGGACAAAGUUCCUCACUCUUAAUUGCCACGUCUUUGUUAAUAGCCGCUCGUUUUUAUCCCAUUUCAGAUAAUGUACGAGAUCUCCAGACAACGCAGCUGCAAACGAUGACAAACCUGUUGAAGAAGGCAGAAAACAUCAUAAAAGAGAUUAAGGAAAAACAUUGUUGUGAGCUGGCUGUAAUUAAAAGGGAAUUGACCAGCUCUAGAGGUAAGCCUUUUUUCUUCAGUACGGUCAAGGUACGACAAAUUUCAGAUGUUUAUAAUUUAUCAGUUCUACUGUUUAUACACAACUGGGUGAACUUGAAUACUUUUAUAGAAACAUGAAAAGGAACAACGCUUUUGUUUUUUCUGUAACGCCUUAUCCCUUGUUUUAAAUUUGCCUGUGUUAGCUCAUGAACAAAAUAUUGAGUCUUUCAAGGAAAGCUUCAAAAGAUAGCUUAACGACAAUUUUCGACUGUUCGGAAACAUUUGAGAUCUAGAAGAAAAAUUUCUCUAUUAGGAAAAUGAAAACUUUUGAACAUCUAAAAAUGGUAAAUUGCAAACGAAAAAAAAGGUCACCAGAAUUUUCGGGAGCCUUUUUUCUGGCUGAAAUUUUGUGUUCAGUUUUGAUCCCUAUAAUUUUCGGAUCACUAGACUUUCCGAAAAAUCCGAACAGAUGAAAAAUUUUACAUAAAAAUUGCCUAUAUCUACCGUUUAAAUACGAAAAUACGUUUAACAAUUCUAUGUUUAAGUGGUUUUGAACUAUAUUCUCGUUGGGUGCCCCUGUUCAAAAGAUAGCUUAGACGAACGACAAAAAGCAUCUAUUAGGGAAGAUAAAACGUAAAAGGAGCAAUGGUACAUUGUGUUCAACUUUGCGAAAAGAUCGAAAUUAUACAUAAUUUGCGUCCUUUCGUAGAUGAUCUAUACACGUUAUAGACGAACGACAAAAACGGAUAAAACGUGAUGGUUUCUCCUUAAGUUUUCUAUAGUUAUAGCAAUAUAACAUUUCUCCGCUUUUCACAGUAAGCAGCUGGAAGUGACACCAGGCAAUUCUGGCCGGUUACACGAACUGGACGAAAAAAUGAAUUUGCAUCAAAUUUGCUCAUGUGCAAAAGUGUGCAAACUGCGUGCAAAUUCUAAGGGUAAAAUCUGCGCAAAGGUGGUAAAUGCCGAAUUUGCAUAAAUAUUUUAGAUAACGAAAAAGAUCUAAAGGCGGAGAAUAUUUCUUUGAAGGAAAAAAACGAUGUAGUCCUUUAGAAAAAACUGCUUAACAUUGCCUAAGGGUUGUACCAUCUACAAAGUUACGAAAAACGCUCUCAACUGGAGGAUAAUUAACAGGUACCUUUUGUUCUUAGACCGUAAAAUAGAUCUGCAAACGAUGGAUGUUUUCGUAAAUCAGCAACUUAGAGACCUGAAAGUGGACCUGGAGAGGAUGACAAAAGGAACAAAUGAUGAAUCGCACAGUAUAACCUUCAGAGGUAAGCAUUUGGCUUAAAUGAAACAAAGGGCGCCAGGCGGAAAUGCUGUAGCGCCGUCUCAACGCUUUCCGUCGCUAGAGACAGGGACGUUUUGCAAGUGAGACGUCUUCUUCCUACGGGCUGAGGGCAAUGAAAGGUGGCUGUAGUCGCAGGAUAAACAAGGGGACGGUUUCUUUUUCGCUUUUGCUCCUCUUAAGACUGAGAGGUCUCAUACAGUAUCUAAAAACACCAGCAGUGGGGGUUGGGAUUCCAAGACAUCACAUGGACCAAAACUGAAACAGUUUCGUUGGUGUAAAACAAACCUUAACAUUUGAUUAGUUUAAAUUAAGGGAAGACAUUUUUUCUGAUUAGCACCUUCAUCAGACAAAAGAAUGGAAAAAAAGUAAGUGAACAGCCUUAGUUUCGUUUUUAAGAGCGUUACUACAUUUUCUGAGGGGGUAUGUCCACAUAUCCCCGCAAGCAGUUCGCGACAAGGAGUUUAUCGCCAUGCCGUUUUUUCAUACUAAAAAUGUUGGAGAGUCAGUCCCAGCAAAUUGACUAGGCAGUUGUAGGUGUAUGAUAUUCGGUUUCAAGGCAAUUUCAGGUACUCGGUAUCAAAGAUUUCAUAAUUCUUAGGUAUAUAUUGGAAUCUUAUGAGGAAAAGGUUGGGUUUAUUGUUAUCCAACUACUUCCCUCCCUGGCUGGGCAUUCGAUCAAUAAUGCUUAUCAGAACUACCUACUCCACACUUGAAAUAUUCCUCAUCAGAUAAUCAUUAUAUUGCCCUUAUGAUGGGUAAUAACAACAGUUACAAAAAAAAAAUUCACAUUUUUACCGUUUACAUGCAGCCGAUAUAAAACUGUUAUAUUUGUUUGUUUUUUGUUUGUUUGUUUGUUUGUUGUUGUUGUAUUUUUUGCGUUUUUUCCUUUUUUUUCGUAUCGUCAGAAAAGUUAUUAUUACUAUCAUCAUUAUUAAUAUUAUUAUUUACUUAUUUACCUGUCUAUUUACUCACUUAGUCAGUAAGUUAGUACAAAAUAACAUCCGACGAGCCUCAUGCAAAAUAAAUAAAAUCACGGACGAUACAAUAUAGGUAGACUUGCUAUUUAUAAUAUGUACUAUGUGCCUUGUGCCAUGUACCAUUGGCAUGCAUAGUUGGCAUAAUUCCUGCUACAUUUUUGGUUACAGCUGUUGUAGUGCACUGGCCUCUUAGGGCCUGUUUACAUGGAGGUGGGGGAGCCCAGAUAGGUGAGGUAACAUGCGGCGUGUCACCCCAUCGAUCAUGUAAACGUGAUGAAAUUAAAAUGAGAGAUUAUGUAGACAGGCAGGUUACCCACCAAAGCGGGUACCUCACCUACCUGGGGUCCCCCACCUCCAUGGAAACAGGCCCUUAUAUUGUGCGGCAUGUGUGAAAUUGUCAAAGUUAACAAAAUAAAAUGAAAGGUAAAAGUGAAUGAUUAAAUGAAUUAAAUUGACUUUUCAUAGCGCCUAAGUUGGUCAUUUUAAACACAAAACCCGUAAUUCUUAAACGUCCUGGAAACAUAAUUUGGCUGCUUAGGAUAACCAUCAUAAACAUACGACUGUAUUUUCAAAUUUUCUAAGAUUCCUUUCUGUCAAUUUGUAGCUGACUCUGACAAAAGUCUUCAGCAGCCCGGACCAGCUGUCAUGUCUGCAGCAGAGGAAGCAAAGCCUCUUCCGCGACCAUCCUCUCAUGUAAUUCUUGUUUCAGACCCUCCGGCACCUACAGUGACUCAGACAAACCAGAACCUUAACAACCCACCAAACGUCAUCAUCAAUGUCAAUACCUCUUGCGAAAAUGGUGGGUGAAAAACUGAUUUUCAAAACAACUAAAACUGUAAAAAUCUUUGCUUCAGGCCCUGUUAACUCGUAAUAUUCAUUGCCUCAAAUUAAUCUAACAUUUCCAUUCUCAAAGAAAGGUUUCUUAGCUUAUUUUUUUUCUUAGCAGGCCACACCGACCUCAGUUAGUCGUUGUAAUAGCAACACUCAGCAGGUCCACCCUGUUCCUCUAACCCCAUCUUAGCUUCCUUCUCAUAAUCACAACAUCACCAAUAUACACGUUUCCUUUUUGAUGUUUUUGUUUCUUAUAAUUCUAUACAGAAAGCCAACUUGAAGGUUUCUUCACCAGCACGAUGAGAUGGCUUGGAUUUUAGUAAGUGCUUUUUUCAGAGAAAACUAGCUUUUAUUUAAGCUGAUACGUUAGUUCCUAACUAUGAUCACAACACAAUUCUAGCAACUGUCUUCCAUAUGAUCGCUACUGUAGCAUGGAUCGUCAUGACAAAAGUUCAGCCAUCUGAACGAUUUAUAGGAGCGGAAAUGAUUAUGGAAAACCGGCUCUGGAGUAGAACUUAA